UGAUUGCGGCGCUGAGGAGCUCGCGUACCGAUUUCUAAAGGACGGUUGUGGAAGACGAGGCAAUGGAGCAUCCGGCGGCACCACCACGAGACGCGGGGGACGGACGGAAGGUGCCCGGGACGGGACCGGGUGAAGGGGAAGCGACGCGACACCGCAUGGACAGGAAGGGAGUGAGGAGAGUGAGGGAGUGAGGCGAGGGAGGGAGGAGUAUAUGUAUGAGAGGGCACUCCCGAGGGGCCUCGCAAAUGGCCCACACGCAGAUCGUUCGCAUUCCCACGCACCCUCGUCUCCUCUCGUCUGUCUGUCUGGCUGUCUCGCAGCGGCAGCAGCUGGUCACUCAUGGGCGCAGUGCACCUCAGGCUACGUCACCACAAAAUUCGUGUCGUUGUCGCCAUCGCUGCAGUAGCAUCUUCGGCGCCGCAGUUCGUUGCUGAGCUGGUUGAUGUUUGAAAGUCCCGCUGGUGGAGAGUUGUGCUUGGUUUCUUCUUCUUCUACUACUUCUUCUUCUUCUUUUUCUUCUUUUUUUCUUUGUUCCUUUCUUCUGUUGUGAUGCGAUCGGCAUGGUGCCAGAGUGAUGAGAGGGCGUGAGAGGGCUUAAAGGAGGUUGAGAAUUUGCAAUCUUGGUGUGGUGUGAGGAAAGUGAUCGGGGAGUGGAUCGGGGAGGAUUGAGGGAUUGGGUACCAAAGAAGAAGUAUUCAGCUACAUGUGGACUUCAAGAGCAUGUACUUGCCUGUCCAGUAGAAGUGGAGAAUUAGUGGCGGGGGGUAAUUAUGGACGACAGCAUUGGGAGGACCGGUUCAGUAGCGUCGAAAGGGGUGGGGCUGAGAGGAUGGAGCUCGUGGUGGUGCGCGCGAAAGUGGCUGUCGGCGAGAAUGGCUGGAGUGCAAGGCUGCUGACUGAAGCUGGCGGAGGGGCCUCGAAGCUUGCGUGCCUGAAAUUCGCCGGGACGCUGGACAAAGUGGACAGCAGGUCCAGCGGCAAGGUGACGGGGUUGGGGACGCAGAAAGGUCGCGUGGUGAUCAUCGCGGGUCCGACUGCCGUCGGCAAGUCACGCGUUGCGAUAGACUUGGCCAAGCAGCUUGGCGGGGAAAUCAUCAGUGCGGACUCGAUACAGGUUUACCAAGGCUUGAACGUCGGAAGUGCCAAGACGCCAUUGCAUGAACGGGAGGGCAUCCCGCAUCACCUGGUUGAUAUUGUCCCUCCAACGGAAGAAUACUCAGCCAGCCAAUUCUGCAAAGACGCUAGAGAUGCCACGAAACUUGUGCUCGACCGCGGCCGCGUCCCCAUAGUUGUAGGAGGCACAUGCUCUUACCUACGCUGGUAUAUGAACGGAAAAACUGGAGCAUCAUAUCCCUCUUCUCAACAAGUGAAUGCCGCCAUUGAAGGCAAGAUUCGUCGCUUGGUUAGCCAUUCAAGGGGCUGGGAGUUUGCUGUGCACAUGCUUGCGCAAGCAGGUGAUCCUGACACUGCGUACAACUUAGCUCGAAACGACUGGCACCGCUUUGGCCAAGCUCUACAAGCAAUCUUGGUCUCUGGACAAUCCCGUGGAGUGUUUCCAAGCCCUCACAACUACAAGCUUGAUCACACGGACGGGUCAGAGUGGGACUGUAAUUACGAUUUCCAGUGCUACUUUCUCUACCAGCAGCGCGCUGAGCUUUACCGUUGGAUCGAUCUGCGAUGCGAGCAUAUGCUUGUAGAUCCGCGGGGUUUAUUACAAGAGGCUGCAUGGCUUCUCGACAUCGGAGUGAUGCCGGAUACAAGUUCCGCAUCCCGUGGGAUCGGCUACCAGGAAGCAAUGGAGUUUCUAGUGGAUUGUAGAAGGACAGGAGGCAACACCACUGAGGAGAGGUUCCUGGCAUUCCUGUCAGGCUUCCAACACAUCUCAAGAAGCCUGGUGAAAAAGCAACUGAAAUGGUUCCGGAGCGAUCAGCACAGCGACGUGAAACAGUUUCAUUGGAUCGAUGCUUCUCAACCAACGGACCAGAUUCUGGAAGCUUUGAGGAAAGAGUAUUGGCGACGGCCAGGUUAUCCCUCUGAAUUGAAAGGAAGCGAUGCUAUGAAAGAAGCCAGUUAUAAGGAGGGUAAAACAUUGAAGCACUACAAGGCUAAGAACAGGAUUUUUACAGACUCAACAGUAAUCUCACCUGUGUUAAGGUGGGUGAAGCAGACGCAAGGAGGGCGGAGUCUAAGCUCACGAAAUUUAGUUAGAUUCUGAAUUUUUUAAACGAAUUAGUGGGGACAACUUACCCCAAAACGUCGAGUAUUCCUGGUUGGUCUAUGAGCUCCAUUUUAAAGGGAGAUCUGCACUUAAAAAACCACACUUCCGGGCCACUGUAACAUUAUAUCGCAAGGUAGGCUAGUAGCCAAUUUUUAUGGAUGUCUGGCAUCAUCAAUCGAUGCAGUUUUUUGGUAGGCGACACUUCUCUUCUGUUCCCGUGAUUUAUUACAAAUAAUCUGUACAUGGUGCUCAUUGUCGUUCGAAUCAAGAACCUGUCAAAAGGAAUUCAAUGAUCACAUUUUCAUUGUUCACUUGCGAAA